AUGUCGAAGGCCAAUGUCUCCAGUGUGAGCAUAUGUGCAGAGCAAAGUUCAAGGCCUAUAGAUCCGCCAGUGAGCGAUCUUGACUUAGAUAGCACUAUUGAUGAAAGUAUUGAUCAAAGUGCAGUGAACCGCACGAUUUUAAUGAGUUUGAAUCGCUUAAACGAAAAUUUUACAAACUUUACUGAGCAGUAUCAGGAAGAUGAUGUUCAAAUAGAUUCUCAGCCACUUGACAACCAUGUUGAGAAUCCUGAAAAUGUCGAUAUUCAGGCAGACAUUGCUAGUUUAAUUCAAUCAGGCAGACAAGUUGACCGUGUUAGUGCCUACAUCACUAAUGACAAUGCAAAUGAAGCUGAAGUUUUGCAAUAUGAGCAACAAUUAGAUCUUAACGUUGAUGUGAAAGGGCCAGCAAUUAGUGAGAAAUUGGCGGUUUGGUUAAUAAAUUGCGGCUGCAAAGAAUAA